UUAACACUUUUAAUCGAUAGAAACUUAGUGGGGAUGAUAAAUACCUGUCAGGAAAUCGGUCAAAAUUUCCUUUUCUUUCGUUUGUUCGUGUAUGUUUGACUUUUUCUAAGUUGGUUAAAGAGAAAACUAACAAAACAUGACAGCAGUUGCGGGCUUAAAGGAUCAAACCGCAGAGGAUCCCGCCUCGGAGGUUAUAGUAAUUCCAGACCGCGAAGAUGACAUCUGUGAAUUGGAGCACUUGCGUAAGCUCUUCAUCGGCGGCCUGGCACCCUACACCACGGAGGAGGGCCUGAAGGUGUUCUACGGCCAGUGGGGCAAGGUGGUUGAUGUUGUGGUGAUGCGCGAUGCAACCACCAAACGCUCUCGCGGCUUCGGCUUCAUCACCUACACAAAGUCUUUAAUGGUAGACAAGGCGCAGGAGAACCGCCCGCAUGUCAUCGACGGCAAAACUGUGGAAGCAAAGCGGGCUUUGCCCCGCCCCGAACGUGAAUCACGCGAGACCAACAUAUCAGUUAAGAAGCUUUUUGUGGGGGGCCUGAAAGACAACCACGACGAGGAAUGCCUCCGGGAGUACUUCAUGCAGUUUGGUAAUGUGGUCUCCGUCAAGUUGCUCACCGACAAGACCACCGGCAAGCGUCGAGGUUUCGCCUUUAUCGAGUUUGACGACUACGAUGCCGUAGACAAAGCCAUACUUCAAAAGCAGCAUUCUAUCAAGUAUGUACAUGUGGACGUUAAGAAGUCAAUUUACAACCUAGAGAAGAAAGAGAGACACCCGCCUGGAGCUCCACCAAACGGCAUGAAGCCGCCGAUGAAUCAGUACCAACACCCGCCUCCGCCGCCCCAAAACGGAACUAUGCCGCCGGCCGGCUACCGUCCACCUGGACCACCCCCUCCUUCGGCAAUGAUGCCGUACCAGCAGCAACCCCCUCCACCACCCAUGAACGCCCCUCCGCCAAACUACAACUACUGGGGUCCGCCCCCGCCGCCAAUGCAGCCUUAUUACCAACAGCCCCCUCCGCCGCAAAUGAACGCCUGGGGGGCCUAUCCACCGGCCCAGAAUGGCUGGAACGCCCCGCCACCUCCACCACCUGGUGCCCAGUCACAAUGGCACCCAGGUCAGUGGGGAUGCCCGCCACCGGUGCAACAGGCACCACCGCCAACCACAGCGCCUCCGCCGAUGGACCACCACCGCAACGGACCACCGCCGCCGGCGCCCGGCAACUGGAACAUGCCGCCGAAUGCGCCUCCACCGAUCCCGGGCGCACCACCUCCGCAGGCUCCACCGCCGCACCCGCAACCACCUCCGCCUAACUUUGGCACCGGUUACCAGCAAAGCUACGGAGGCGGACCGACCAAACAUAAUAUGGGUGGGAAUCGCAUGAAUCCCUAUGGGACAACGCCCCCGAAUCCCUAUCACAACCCUCAACCUCCAGCAGCACCGUAUGCUCCCUACAAUGUUGCGGCUCCGCCGCCGAAUGGAGCUGUUCCGACUAGUCACAAGCCAAUCGCGAAUGGAUCGGUGUCCACCGGAGGCAGCGCCAAUAGCAAGUACCGCCGGUAGAUUUGGUGAGUAGAAGCCGCUAGUCAGAGCACAACCCGUCCCCGCCAUUAGUCGUUCGUUUUUAUUGUGGCAUAUUUAUAAGAUAUACAAAAUACGUCUUGCCACACUCCAAUCAAUUGAAAAACUUGCACUACGUAUGAAGUCGCUUCUAUUGUAUUAACUAAUGUGUAAAUUUUCUCUGAUUUAGAUGCCUCACAAGUCAAGAUACUGUUAAAUAAGCUUGUUGAUAAGAUAGGCUCCGCUCGCUUAGAGUUACUAACAGGACCUUUAUCGCAUUGUCUCUCUAUCAUAGGCAUGAAACUAGAGAUUUAAUUAAGAUAUACCAUGGAUAUAACUACGAUUGACCUAAGCUAAGCCGAAGACUAUAUGCAUUAAUAUUUACAAAAAAAAACAUAACAUAAAGAAAGAAAUUAUUCGGAUUAUCUAGCUUCAAGUUAGCUACUCCAACUUUGUCUUAUUUUUGACUAUUUUUGUAUCCUUACAAAUCGUAGAAUAAACCAAGAUACGAUUUAAA